AUGCCGUCGAGCAGCAGCGGUGCCCGUCGGCGCCAGAUAGUCGACGCCUUCCUCGCCGUGCGCGCCACGGCGGCACAAGCCAUGGACUCCAUCACGGGAAGGGGGGGGGAUGCCAGCACAGGCAGCACUCACUCGGAUGCCUUUCGGCUGGCGAGCGAUCUGAGGAGGAGCAGCCAGGGGAAGGAGGAGAAGGACGGAGGCCCUCCCGCGCCCGCAGGCGGCCGGGUCAGGCCGCCGUGGGCGCCAGGUCCACCGCCAGCGCGUCCUGCAGCACCCCGAGGCAGGCGCGCCAGCAUCGCGAGCGGGGCUCGACGUGCUCGAAGUGCUGCUCCCCCUCAACGUCCUGCAGCACCACGGACUCACCCGCUCCCGCCUGCCUCAUCGCAUCGGCGAAGCUAG